AUGGAUCAGAGGAAGGACAGAAAAGAGGGAGCCACUUCUGUUUUUACCACACAGACUGUAGAACAUAAGAGAUCAGAUCAGAGACUGGACCAGCAGAAAUCAGAGGAUUCCAGUUGUCAGCCUGUCCUGCAGGGCCAAAUAGAGCUUGACUCCAUAUUUAUGCUGUUGGAAUCACAUGUUGUCAAAUUUGUGAAGAACGAACUAAAGAAGAUCCAGGAGGUUCUGAGACAUGAUCACCCAAAAUUAUUUGGGAGUCAAUUUGAGGAUGAAGAGCUCUUAGGGCAUACGGAUGAGGAGCAGAAGAGGAAAAGCAGAGAGGCAAUUAUGAGGAUAACUCUGAAAUUUCUGAGGGGACUGAAGCAGAUAGAGCUGGCUGAUCGUCUCGAGAACAAACUGUUAAAAGUACUUUGUAAACGUCAACUGAAAUCGUCUCUGAAGAAGAAGUUCCAGUGUCUGUUUGAGGGAAUUCCUAAAGCAGGAAACCAAACUCCUCUUAAUCAGAUCUACACAGAGCUCUACAUCACAGAAGGAGAAACUGGAGAGGUCAAUAAAGAACAUGAGGUCAGACAGAUUGAAGCAGCAUCCAGGAAACCAGAGAGCCCAGAAACAACAAUCAAACUUGAAGACAUCUUUAAGCCUCUGCCUGUAAGAGAUGAACCAAUCAAGACAGUGAUGACACAGGGAGUGGCUGGCAUUGGGAAAACAGUCUUAACUCAAAAGUUCAUUCUGGACUGGGCUGAAAAAAAAACCAACCAUGACGUUGAGUUCAUAUUUCCAUUCACUUUCAGAGAGCUGAAUGUGCUGAAGGAUAGAAACUUCAGUUUGGUGGAACUUGUUCAUCAAUUCUUUGCUGAAACCAAAAGAAUCCGUCAGUUCGAGCAGUUCCAAGUGACAUUCAUCUUUGAUGGCCUGGAUGAGAGUCGAUUUCAUUUGGACUUCCACAGCAAUGAGAUCCUGACUGAUGUUACACAGUCUGCCUCAGUGGAUGUUCUGCUGACAAACCUUAUCAGGGGGAAACUGCUUCCUUCAGCCCGCCUCUGGAUAACUACAAGACCUGCAGCAGCCAGUCAGAUCCCUGCUGAGUGCGUUGACAUGAUGACAGAGGUUAGAGGGUUUACUGACCCACAGAAAGAGGAGUAUUUCAAGAAGAGGUUCAGAGGAGAGGAGGAGAAAGCCAGCAAUAUCAUCUCCUACAUUAAGACAUUACGGACCCUCCACAUCAUGUGCCACAUCCCAGUCUUCUGCUGGAUCACUGCUACAGUUCUGGACGAUGUGUUGAAGACCCAAGAGGGAGGAGAGCUGCCCAAGACCCUGACUGAGAUGUACAUUCACUUUUUGGUAGUUCAGACCAAGGUUAAGAAAGUCAAGUUUGAUGGAGGAGUUGUGACAGAUCCACACUGGAGUUCAGAGAGCAGAAAAAUAAUCAAGUCUCUUGGAAAACUGGCUUUUGAUCAGCUGCAGAAAGGAAACCUGAUUUUCUACGAGUCAGACCUGAAAGAGUGUGGCAUAGAUAUCAGAUCAGCCUCAGUGUACUCAGGAGUCUUCACACAGAUAUUUAUAGAAGACAAAGGACCACACCAGGACAAGGUUUUCUGCUUUGUCCAUCUGACCAUUCAGGAGUUUCUGGCUGCUCUUCAUGUUCAUCUGACCUUCAUCAACUCUGGUGUUAAUUUAAUGGAUAAAAAACAAAAACCUCCUAAGAGGUAUUCUCUAGCUAAGAAACAAAAACCAAAAUAUCUCCAUGAAUGUGCUAUUGACAAAGCCCUACAGAGUUCAAAUGGACAUCUAGAUUUGUUCCUCCGCUUCCUUCUGGGUCUUUCACUGGAAACCAGUCAAGUUUUCCUCGAAACCCUUCUGUCACAGAACCCAGUCAUGAACAUACCUAUUAAUCAUGAAACUCCCUUGUACAUCAAGAAGAAGAUCAAUGACAAUUUGUCAGCAGAACAAAGUAUCAAUCUGUUCCACUGUCUGAACGAACUAAAUGAUCUUUCUCUGGUGAAGGAGAUCCAACAGUCCUUGAGUUCAGGAAGUCUCACAACAGAUAAACUCACCAAUGCUCAGUGGUCUGCUCUGGUUUUCCUCUUAUUGUCAUCAGGCAAAUAUUUGGAUGAGUUUGACCUGAAGAAAUACUCUGCUUCAGAAGACGCUCUUCUGAGGCUGCUGUCUGUGGUCAAAGCUUCCAGCAAGGCUUUACUGAGUGGCUGUAACCUUUCAGAAAGAAGCUGUGAAGCUCUGUCCUUAGUGCUCAGCUCUCAGUCCUGUUCUUUGAAAGAGUUGGACCUGAGUGACAACAACCUGUAUGAUUCAGGAGUAAAACAUCUGUCAGACGGCCUGAAGAGUCCAAACUGCAAACUGGAAGUUCUCAGACUUUCAGGUUGCCUGAUCACAGAUGAUGGCUGUGCUUCUCUUGCCUUAGCUCUGAGUACUAACCCCUCUCAUCUCAAAGUGUUGGACCUGGCCUACAAUCAUCCCAAACCCUCAGGAGUGAAGAUUCUGUCAACAUGUAAAAGUAGUACACUGGAAACUCUCAGGUUGGAGCCUGCUGCAGAAAGGUGGUUGACACCAGAUCUGAAAAAGUAUUACCAUCAACUCACAAUCAACACAGAGACUAUGAAUAGACUUCUUAAACUAUCUCACAACAAGAGGAAGGUAACCUGUGUGGAAAAGAUUCAGACACAUUCUUAUCAUUCAGACAGAUUAAGUUGCCCUGAGGUGCUGUGUGCAGAUGGCCUGACUGAUCGCUGUUACUGGGAAGUUCAGUGGAGUGGAGAUGUAAAUAUCUCUCUGAGUUACAAGAGAAUCAGUAGGGGAGAAAGUAAUGAACACAGUUUAUUUGGAAAAAACAAUCAAUCCUGGAGUUUGUACUGCUCGAGUCAAGAUGGUUACGCUGUGUGGCACAAUAACAGCAAAAUUUCCAUCCCCUCUUCCAUUACAAAGAUAGUAGCAGUAUUUGUGAACUAUCCUGCUGGCAUUCUGUCCUUUUACAAAGUCUCCUCUGGUAAAUUAAUCCAUCUCCACACCUUCUCCACCACAUUCAGAGAAAAACUUUAUCCAGGGUUUGGAUUCUGGUCAGUCAAUUCCUCAGUGAUUCUCUGUUGAGUGUUACUGCAAGGUUAAAUUUAAGGCCAGAACCAAUUUAACAAUCGCAUUUGAACAAAGUGAAAUAAAUAAUAGCAACAGUGACUGGUUUGUGGGAAAGAAAAACAGCAAUAUUCUAGUCCACCAAACAAAUUAAUUCACCAUUAAAGAAGAUUCUCUUCUCAGUGUUUUGAUAAUCCAUCAAAUUCCCUUAUAAUCCUAAUCCGGAUCUUGAGGAACUGAUAUACACUGUAAUUCCAAAUUAUUUUGCAAAUUGGACUUAAGUGUCAUAAAG